AUGACAACUGAAGUGGCACGAGUUGCAGACCAUGGCCGUCCGAGGGCACCAAGAGCGCCCAGGCGCGGAGGCAGAGGUCGCGGAGGUCGUGCGGUGAACGAAAACACAUCGCGUCCAGAAUCAGCGUCACAGACAAACCCUGUCUCGCAAAUACCAGCACAGCACACCGACACCGCUGCGUCAAGGGAAACACAAUGGUCAGCCGAGACGUCCAGAAGACGGAGACCAAGAGGGAGAAGAGGAGGUAAUGGUGGCAACGAUACUGGAGGCGGAGAUCGGAGGACACCUAGAAAUAGAGGUUCUGCCGUGGUCGGUGGGAGGAAGUUUGGAGGACAACUGACGAGACACGGGGCUACUGACGAAGAGGGAUCUGUGGGCGAGGGUGGCCAUCAGAACCAUACAGAGCAGGAUGCAGGACUGAGGGCGGAUGCGCCAGAAUUUGUUCCUGGGCAGACGGUAGCGCCUCCAGGUGGUUCCGACUCGACCUCGAAGGGGAAAUCAAAACCGACGCCAUCUCGAUCGAGACCACCAAAGGUGACAACCAAAUCGACUGCGGAGGAUAUCACCACUCGAAUCCAUGAAGACAUCUCCCACAAUCUCUACGAGUGCCCAAUCUGCACAAACGAGCUGGGCAGCAAAUCUCGUGUUUGGUCCUGCAGACUCUGCUGGACGGUAUUCCACCUGAGUUGUAUUAAGAAAUGGUCAAAAAAUGAAGGUUCUGCUUUCCGCAAUGACCAGCAGCGACAACAGGAUGGAGAAGACGAGACUAACACCCCGCGCCAAUGGCGUUGCCCCGGCUGCAAUCUCCCCCAGGACACUCUGCCAACGACAUAUUCUUGUUGGUGUGAGAAGGAGGUCGACCCUCGUUCGCUGCCCGGUCUGCCUCCACAUUCAUGUGGACAGACCUGCUCCCGUCCCAGGCCAGGAUGCCCACAUCCGUGCGAUUCGAUCUGUCACGCAGGUCCCUGUCCUCCAUGUACUGCCAUGGGCCCGACUCUGGACUGUUUCUGCGGGAAGAAUUCAUCUACGAAACGCUGCGUCGAGACUGACUAUGUCAAUGGAUGGAGCUGCGGUCAGAUCUGCGAGGACCUGCUACCGUGCGGAGAGCAUACCUGCCCACGGCCCUGCCACGAAGGACUUUGUGGCGAUUGUGAGGUAAAGGUGCAGACAAAGUGCUACUGUGGAAAAGUAGAGACGGAGAUGCUAUGCAGCUCCAAAGAGGAGGAGAUUCCAAGUGCACAACUAUCGGAUGAUAUGUCCCAUACGGAGGAAUGGAUUGGAUCCUUCCGCUGUGGAGAAACGUGCAAUCGCCCGUUUGACUGCGGGGUGCAUUUCUGCCAGAAGGAUUGUCAUCCCCAGGAGGCUACGGCCGCCCAUUGCCCGAGAUCUGCAGAUGUUAUCACUAAAUGUCCUUGCGGCAAGACGCCGUUAGCUCAGAUCCCUGGAUUUUCUCCGAGAACGUCCUGCGAGGAUCCCAUCCCGAACUGUCAGGAGGCUUGCGGAAAGCUGCUACCGUGUGGCCAUCCAUGUCCUAUGAUUUGCCACACCGGCGCAUGUCGGCCCUGCCUGCGCAUGGUCAAGAUUCAAUGUCGCUGUGGCCGCAGUUCAUUUGACAGUGUCUGUCACCAAGGCUCGGAAGAGCCGCCUCAGUGUUUCCGUAUAUGCAAGGCUACUAUGAACUGUGGUCGUCAUACGUGUGCGGAACAUUGCUGCCCAGGGGAGCGCAAAGCUCUUGAAAGGCAGGCGACUCGGCGAAAGCUGCGGUCGUUGAACUCAACCACUCGUCCUGAUGAUGAUAUCGAAGCGGAGCAUAUCUGUACCAGGGUCUGCGGUCGAUUGCUUAAAUGCGAAAAGCAUACGUGCCCAGAGUUGUGUCACAAAGGGAGUUGCAAUACCUGCCGGGAGGCAAUCUUCGAUGAAAUCACAUGCAACUGUGGUCGAUCCGUCCUUUAUCCUCCCUUACCCUGUGGUACCAAGCCACCGCCCUGCCGGUUCGAUUGCGAGCGACCCAAAGCUUGCCAUCAUCCACAGACACCCCAUAACUGCCAUACUGAUGAUGAGAGUUGCCCCAAGUGCCCUUAUCUGACGGAAAAGAAAUGCCUCUGUGGGAAAAAAGACCUCAAAAACCAGCCAUGCUGGCUGAUAGAUGCACGGUGUGGCUUGAUUUGUGGAAAACCAUUGAAAUGUGGCUCCCAUACAUGUCAGAAAGGUUGUCACCGUCCAGGCGAUUGCGAAGAUGCUACGGAGCCGUGUCGCCAGCCCUGUGGAAAGAACAAGUCGCUCUGCGGUCAUGCUUGUGUAGAACCUUGCCAUGCGCCUUAUCCUUGUCCGGAGAAGACACCGUGUUCCACCAAGGUCACUGUAACAUGUGCUUGUGGACGUUUGCGACAGGAGAAACGCUGCGGCGCCGUCAAAGCAUCUAUUUCAAAGGGUCAAGUGCAGCAACAGCAGCAAGCCCCUGCGUUGACUCCGUUGAAAUGUGAUGAUGAAUGCGCGCGUUUGGAGCGUAACCGCUCCUUGGCGUCGGCAUUGAAGAUCGAUAUCGACCCAUCCACAACUUCCGCCAACGGUCCUUCUCCGCAUAUUACUUCGAGUAAUCUGCCAUACUCUGCAGAAACACUUGACAUGUACAUCCAGCUUUCUUCGUCUUCAACUUUGUCAACGUUGCAGAGCUACGAAUCAACCCUUCAUUCCCUUGCCGUCAGCACUACACAGCGUUCUGUGCGUUUCCAACCUGCAAAGGCACCUCUUCGAGCAUUUGCCCACUCACUCGCUGCCGAUUGGGGCUUCGCCACGGAGAGCUUCGAUCCGGAGCCACACCGACACGUCUUCGUCUUGAAACCUACAUCCUGGACCCCGCCAAUUUUCGGGUUCGGCAACGGUUCGUCCAUGGGAAUCGGUGGAAUGAGCGUUGGUGACUGUGUGAAGUUCCGAGAGAGGGAAAGGAUGAAGGAGCGCGAGGCUCAACGAGCAGCUCUAGCGGAAGCAAAGGCGCUCCGUGAAGGCAACGCCGGCUCGAAAGCCAGCGGUGCGGACGGUGGCUGGGCCCAAGUCGCAUCGCGAAGGAAAAACGGUUCAGAUUCUACAAAUGCUCCGGCAGUGAUGAAGACAGGCGGUGUUCCAUCUUUCUCCGGUUCAUUCUAUGCCGCUCUUUCGGGUGACUCCACUGAGCGGAGCGGAAACAGUGGACGCUUGGUUCUACGGUCUGGUGUGGGCGCCAGCAAGAACCUGCGUAACAAAGUUGAAGUUGCGGAUAGUUGGGAAGAGGAGGUUGAGAAGGAAGAAGAAGAGGAAAAGAAAGAGAUGGAACAAGCACGAUCGGAAACCUCUGGUGAUGGAAAGGAUCAGAGCCCCCAGGGUCCCCACAAUGAUGGCGACACCAUAGACAAAAGUGAGAAAUUUGGCGUUGAAAGCGUUACUGGAAAAAAAUGA